AUGGAUGAUCAAACGGCUGCGUCGCACCCAGCCGUGAACAGGAUCACAAUCGAGGAGAAGCUCGACAGACACAAGUCGGAGUCGACCGUCGACGACUUCCCGAAAUGGCAACGUCCUGAUGUCGGCUCCAGCUCCGGCGCUGGCGUCGCCGGCGGCAUCUACUCGAGCCGCGACCUCCGCCGUGUCGGGUCGCACCGUCUCUCUCGCGUCCUCACCAUGGAGUCUGCCGCCGACGCGGAUGAGGGUGGCAGCGACUGGCGCCGCGACGAUGGGAGGAAGAAGCAGGUCUUUACCGGCACAACCCUGAUGUGGCUGGCGUAUCAGUCGAUUGGUGUUAUCUACGGUGAUAUAGGGACGAGUCCCCUUUACGUCUUCUCGUCCACCUUCGUGGACAUUCCCACCAAGAACGACCUCACCCAGGUCCUAUCUCUCAUCAUCUGGUCUCUCACCCUCAUGGUCACGCUAAAAUACGUCUUCAUCGUCUUGCACGCCGACAACGAAGGCGAGGGCGGCACCUUUUCCUGUUAUUCCCUCCUGACCCGAUAUGCAAAUAUCACCAAGUUUGACCCCCGCGAGGAAGCCACAGUCCGCAUGGAGCGCCGAAACACACAAGACGUGCGCCCUGUGACCCGCGGCAUCCGCUCUGUCAUCGAGAACAGCAGAAUCACCAAGGGCUUCCUCAAGACCAUUGGAGUCCUCGCCGUGUCCAUGGUGCUAGCCGACGGUAUCCUGACCCCCGCACAGUCAGUCUUGGGCGCCAUCCAGGGUCUUUCGGUCGUCAAGCCCGACAUCAGCAACUCGACGAUCGUCGGCACGUCGUGCGGCAUCCUCGUCCUGCUCUUCCUCAUUCAGCCCUUCGGAACUACCAAGCUUGCCAGCAGCUUUGCGCCCAUCGUCAUCAUCUGGCUCGGCUUCAACGGUGGCUUCGGUAUCUAUAACCUCGUCAAGUACGACUACACUGUCCUCAAGGCCUUCAGUCCCUACUAUGCUAUCCACUUCUUCAUGGAGCGGAAGACUGAGGGCUGGAAGAUGCUCGGCGGCGUGCUGCUCUGCUUCACCGGUGUCGAAGCGCUGUUUGCCGACUUGGGUGCCUUCAGCAUGCGCGCCGUGCAGAUGAGCUGGCUGCUGUGGACCUAUCCCUGUCUCAUACUCGCGUACAGCGGCCAGGCUGCGUAUCUGGCCCUCCAGCCGGAGCAAUUCACCAAUCCCUUCUUCAACUCGGUCCCUCCGGGAAUGCUGUACCCUAGUUUGAUCCUGGCCAUCCUGGCUGCCAUUGUCGCUUCGCAGGCCAUCAUCACGGCAACGUUCCAGCUCUCGAGCCAAAUCAUGAAGCUCUCGUACUGUCCCCAGAUGAAGGUUGUUCACACUUCGGAAACUUUCCACGGACAAGUCUACGUCCCCCUUCUCAACUGGCUCCUAAUGCUCGGGACGAUCCUCGUCACUGUGGUGUACAACAACACUACCAGCCUCGGUCACGCGUACGGCGUCUGCGUCAUCUUCGUUACCUUCUUCGACACCCUCAUGGUCACGUUGGUAGCCAUCCUCGUCUGGGGCAUGCCAGUCUGGCUCAUCGGCCUUCCGGCCUUGGCCUUCGCCACGCUCGACGGCCUCUACCUCUCCUCGGCUCUGAAUAAGGUCCCUGAUGGCGCUUGGUUCACGCUCAUGAUUUCGGCCCUCAUGGGCGGCAUGUUCCUCCUUUGGCGCUUCGGCAAGGAGAACCAAUGGCGCGCCGAGGCCGAAGACCGCUUCAAUCCCAACGCCCUCCUCACCAAGAACAGCGACGGCUUGCUGGCGCUCACCCAGCGCUGGGGCGGCAACGUGCUCUCCCCCGUCGUCGGCUUUGGCAUUUUCUUCGACAAGACGGGCGUCCAGACGCCCAGCGUCUUCACCCACUUCGCCUCCAAGCUCGGCGCCCUUCCGGACGUGUGCGUCUUCUUCCACCUGCACCCCGUCGAGGUGCCCACCGUCCCGGACAGCGAGCGCUACCAUAUCUCGCGCUUCGCCAACAUCCCGGGAUGCUACCGCCUCGUCGUGCGCCACGGCUUCAUGGACGAGGUAGUCAGCCCGGAUCUGGGCGCGCUGGUGUACGAGCAGGUGCGCAAGUUCGUAGUCAGGCAGGCGACCGCGAAGGCAGCGGCCGCCAGCGAGCAGGAGACCAUGACAACUUUGGACGAUGCCGACGGCGCGCCCGAGCUGAAGGACAGCAGGCUGGCGGCGGAGCUGGCGAAGAUGGACCGGGCGUAUGCGCACAAGGUCUUGUACAUCGUCGGCAAGGGACAGAUGAAAAUCAUGACGGGCACCAGCAUCCUGAGGAGGCUCACGCUGGGCACGUUCUUGUGGAUCCGGGACAACACCCGGGCCAAGAUUGCUAACCUCAGGCUGGCCAUGGACAGAGUGGUUGAGGUUGGGUUUGUCAAGGAAAUUUAA